GAAAAGGUAAAGUAGAUAAGUAGCCACUGAGGAGGAGCAAGGGUUGUUCUUCUCUCAACUGGCAAGAAUGGACAAAUCCUCGUGCCUCCCGGAGCGGGCAGCCCAGCUAGGUAGAUAGGGUUUGGGUCUCGCAGGGCCUCACGCGCCUCAAAACGGGGUUAGAUGUUGUAGGCAAGAGGGGCGAGCAAGGGGAAGAUCUAGAGAGGCGAGCAUGUCGACCACCAAGCUGACUUACUCUUCGGGCAGCUCCGCCAAGUCCAAGCACAGCGUCCGUGUGGCACAGACGACCGCGGAUGCCAAGCUCCAUGCCGUGUACGAGGAGUCUGGUGAGUCCGGGGACUCGUUCGACUACACCAAGUCGGUGAAUGCAACCAAGUCCACGGGCGAGAGCAUCCCGGCGCAGGCCGUCACGGCCUACUUGCAGCGGAUGCAGCGCGGUGGCCUGGUGCAGCCCUUCGGCUGUAUGCUGGCGGUGGAGGAGGGCAGCUUCCGCGUGAUUGCUUUCAGCGACAAUGCAGGGGAGAUGCUGGACCUCAUGCCCCAGUCGGUCCCCAGCCUCGGCGCCGGGCAGCAGGAUCUGCUGGGGAUCGGCAGCGACGCGCGCAGCCUCUUCACGCCGGCCAGCGCCAGCGCCCUGGAGAAGGCGGCGGGCGCCAUCGACGUGAGCAUGCUCAACCCCAUCUCCGUCCACUGCAAGACGUCGGCCAAGCCCUUCUACGCCAUCGUCCAUCGCAUCGACGUGGGCCUGGUGCUGGACCUGGAGCCCGUCAAGGCCAGCGACACGAGCGUGGGAUCCGCUGCCGGUGCCCUCCAGUCCCACAAGCUGGCGGCCAAGGCCAUAUCGCGCCUCCAGUCGCUGCCCGGCGGCGACAUCGGGCUGCUGUGCGACACGGUGGUGGAGGAGGUGCGCGAGCUGACGGGCUACGACCGCGUCAUGGCCUACAAGUUCCACGACGACGAGCACGGCGAGGUGGUGGCGGAGAUCCGGCGCUCCGACCUGGAGCCUUACCUGGGCCUGCACUACCCGGCAACCGACAUUCCCCAGGCCUCCCGCUUCCUCUUCAUGAAGAACCGGGUACGCAUGAUCUGCGACUGCUCCGCGGCGCCCGUCAAGAUCAGCCAGGACAAGGAUCUGCGGCAGCCCAUCAGCUUGGCCGGCUCCACGCUGCGGGCACCCCACGGUUGCCACGCGCAGUACAUGGGCAACAUGGGCUCCGUCGCCUCGCUGGUGAUGGCGGUGAUCAUCAACGACAACGACGACGAGUACCGCUCGUCGUCGGGCGGGGGUGGCGGCGGCGGCGCGUACCAGCAGAAGGGCAGGAAGCUGUGGGGGAUGGUGGUGUGCCACCACACGUCGCCUCGCUCGGUGCCUUUCCCACUGCGCUCCGCCUGCGAGUUCCUCAUGCAAGUGUUUGGGCUCCAGCUCAACAUGGAGGUGGAGCUGGCAGCGCAGCUGCGGGAGAAGCACAUCCUGCGCACCCAGACACUCCUGUGUGACAUGCUGCUCCGCGACGCCCCCAUCGGCAUUGUGUCGCAGUCACCAAACAUCAUGGACCUGGUCAAGUGCAAUGGUGCUGCCCUCUACUACGGCAAGCGCUUCUGGCUCUUGGGCGUCACGCCCAGCGAGGCGCAAAUCAAGGACAUUGCCGACUGGCUGCUGGAGCACCACAAGGACUCCACCGGCCUCAGCACCGACAGCCUGGCCGACGCCGGCUACCCGGGUGCCGCGUCACUGGGCGACGAGGUGUGCGGCAUGGCCGCGGCCAAGAUCACCGCCAAGGACUUUUUGUUUUGGUUCCGCUCCCACACCGCCAAGGAGAUCAAGUGGGGUGGCGCCAAGCACGACCCCGACGACAAGGACGACGGGCGCAAGAUGCACCCCCGCUCCUCGUUCAAGGCCUUCCUCGAGGUGGUGAAGCGGAGGAGCCUGCCAUGGGAGGACGUGGAGAUGGACGCCAUACACUCGCUGCAGCUCAUCCUCCGCGGCUCCUUCCACGACAUUGACGACAGCGACACCAAGACCAUGAUCCACGCGCGCCUCAACGACCUCAAGCUCCAGGGCAUGGACGAGCUGAGCACUGUCGCCAACGAGAUGGUACGCCUCAUCGAGACCGCCACCGCGCCCAUCCUUGCUGUCGACUCGAGCGGCUUUAUCAACGGCUGGAACGCAAAGGUGGCGGAGCUCACCGGGCUGCCCGUGACCGAGGCCAUGGGGAGGUCCCUCGCCAAGGACCUGGUGCUGCAAGAGUCUGCGGACAUGGUGGAGAGGCUGCUCUAUCUGGCGCUUCAAGGCGACGAGGAGCAGAAUGUGGAGCUCAAGCUCAAGACGUUCGGCGUUCAAAAGGACAAGGAGGCGGUCAUUCUGGUCGUCAACGCGUGCGCCAGCAGGGACGUUUCGGACAAUGUGGUGGGAGUGUGCUUCGUUGGCCAGGACGUGACGGGGCAGAAGGUGGUAAUGGACAAGUUCACGCGCAUCCAAGGCGACUACAAGGCCAUCGUGCAGAACCCCAACCCGCUGAUACCGCCAAUCUUUGGCGCUGACGAGUUUGGCUACUGCUCCGAGUGGAAUCCUGCCAUGGAAAAGCUGUCUGGGUGGAAGCGGGAAGAAGUCCUGGGAAAGAUGCUUGUCGGAGAGAUAUUUGGCAUCCAGAUGAUGUACUGCCGCCUCAAAGGCCAGGACGCCGUCACCAAAUUUAUGAUCGUUCUCAACAGUGCAGCAGAUGGCCAGGACACGGAGAAGUUCCCCUUCGCCUUCUUUGAUCGACAGGGCAAGUACGUCGAGGCUCUCCUCACGGCCACCAAGCGGGCGGAUGCCGAGGGUUCCAUCACUGGAGUGUUUUGCUUCCUACAUAUUGCUAGUGCCGAGUUGCAACAGGCCUUGACAGUCCAAAGAGCCACCGAGAAGGUUGCCUUGUCCAAGCUCAAAGAACUGGCUUACAUCCGCCAGGAGAUAAAGAAUCCGCUCUAUGGCAUCAUGUUCACUCGGACUCUCAUGGAAACCACCGACCUGUCCGAGGAUCAGAAGCAGUACGUAGAGACUGGUGCUGUGUGCGAGAAGCAAAUAAGGAAGAUCCUGGACGAUAUGGACCUGGAAAGCAUUGAGGAUGGCUACCUGGAGCUGGAUACGACCGAGUUCAUGAUGGGGACGGUUAUGGACGCUGUCAUCAGCCAGGGCAUGAUCACCUCCAAAGAAAAGAACCUGCAGCUGAUUCGGGAGACUCCAAAGGAGAUCAAGGCCAUGUUUCUGUACGGCGACCAGGUGCGCCUCCAGCAGGUUCUGGCAGAUUUCCUGCUCAACGCGAUCCGCUUCACUCCGUCAUCCGAGAAUUGGGUGGGGAUAAAGGUGGCCACGUCUAGAAAGCGCUUGGGUGGUGGUGUGCAUGUGAUGCAUCUCGAGUUCAGGAUAACUCACCCAGGUGUUGGCCUCCCUGAAGAGCUUGUCCAGGAGAUGUUUGACAGGGGCCGAGGUAUGACACAGGAGGGCCUGGGCCUCAGCAUGUGCCGCAAACUCGUCAAACUCAUGAACGGGGAAGUGGAGUACCUCAGGGAACCCGGCAAAAACUUCUUCCUGGUCAGCCUGGAGCUCCCCUUGGCACAACGGGAUGAUGCGGGCAGCGUUAAGUUUCAAGCUUCCAGCUAGAGCUCUUGUAAAUUAGUUUUUGCCCAAAUUGUGCUUCAGUACAUGUAAACUCCAGCUGUCAGCCUUA